AUGGAUAAAGUUGUUAAAAUGUUAGAAGAUGCUGUAGAAUUUGUUGGCAAAGAGAAUGUGGUUCAAAUUGUUACAGACAAUGCUGCUCAUUAUAAGGCUGCUGGAGAAAAGUUAAUGGAAACUAGAAAAAGUUUCUACUGGACACCAUGUGCUAUGCACUGCAUUGAUUUGAUAUUGGAAGAUUUUGAAAAGAAGUUAAUGGUGCAUGAAACAACCAUAAAAAAGGGAAGAAAAAUCACCACUUUUAUCUACUCCAAGGGUAUGCUCAUACACAUGUUGAGGAAUUUUACAAAGGGAAAGGACUUAAUUUGGCCAGGUGCCACAAGAUUCGCCACUGCCUAUUUGACUCUUGCUUGUCUUCAUGAUAAUAAAGGACCAUUGAUGACUAUGUUUAUUUCUGAUGCUUGGAAGACAAUUAAGGUUGCAUCAACGCCUGAAGGAAUAAAAGUCCAAAACAUGGCCUUGGAUAGUAGGCCGUGGAAGAAUAUUGUUAUAUGCCUCAAGGCUACUACUCCUCUCAUUACGGUCCUUCGCUUGGUAGAUUCAGAUGAAAAACCAGCCACGGGUUUCAUAUUUAAAGGCAUGAGAAAAGCCAAAGAAACAAUCAAGACUAACUUCAGUUGUGUUAAAAAGAGUUAUGAACUUAUAUGGGAAAUUAUUGAUGGAAGGUGGGAAAGCCAACUACAUAGGCCAUUGCAUGCUACUACGUAUUAUCUUAAUCCUUAUUAUCAGUAUGAACCAAAUUUUGUGGUUGAUGAUGCUGGCAUUAAGAUUGGUCUAUAUAAUUGUUUGAAAAAAUUGGUUCCUAUCCAAGAAGAAAGAAAAAAGAUUGGUCUACAACUUCCUGAUUUUUAUUAUGCUAGAGGCCUCUUUAGCAAUGAAACUGCAAAGAGUAGUAGGAAGACCAUGCUACUGCUGAGUGGUGGAAAUUUUAUAGAGAUAGUUAUCCAGAACUAA